AUGAGUUCAAGAGCAAGUGUAUGUUACAAAUGUAAUCAACCAGGUCAUUUUGCUCGAGAAUGUCCUGACGGCGAUAAUAGUGGAGGAGGCGGCGGCGGCGGCGGCGGUGGAGGUUCACGUGGUGGAUUUGGUCGUGGACGAGGUUCGUACGGUGGCGGCGGUUCAUAUGGAGGACGAGGUGGCUCAUAUGGCGGUUCAGGUCGUGGAGGAGGAGGCUAUGGUGGUGGUUCAUCAUAUGAUAGAUCAGGUAGUCGUUGUUAUCGAUGCAAUCAAUCAGGUCAUUUGGCUCGCGACUGUCCAUCGGAUAGCAAUCAAAACGUAUGCUACAACUGCAAUCAACCAGGUCAUAUAAGUCGUGAUUGUACGGAACCACGUGCAACUCAAUUUCGAGGUGGUAGCGGUUUCCGUGGUGGCCGAGGUGGCGGUGGUGGAGGUAAUUGUUAUCGAUGCCAAAAGCCAGGUCACUUUGCUCGCGAUUGUACCGAACCUGAUACACGUGAUGGACACGGUGGCGAUUCAACAAAUCACGCUGAUGAUCGCGACGAUUAA